AUGGAUGGGCGUUUUCUCUCCUUAGAUGAAGAUGUUCCUUUGGUCUAUCAUCCAGAAUGCACUUCCUUUAGGGGAAAACCUGCAAAAACGAGGAUUUCAAAAGCCCAUAUAUUUUUCAAUUGUUCCUACGCAAAAGAAGUCUGGAGCCUCGUACCUCUUAUUAAAGCAGUUCACAUAGCUGACGAUGACAAUUUCGAGAAAACGGUCACCAAGUUUCGAAAGGCAUUCUGCCUUCCCCCGACAGGAAUCAGUGGCAAUAUACUACCCUGGAUCUGCUGGGCCAUCUGGACCGCAAGGAAUACUCUGGUCUUAGAAGACCGGAACCAAACCACCAAAGAAACAGCAACAAAGGGACUAGCAUCAGCAAAAGAGUGGAAUCUGGUACAGAUUAGGUCCACACCUCUCAUCUCCACAGCGCAGAACGCGGAAGACACGCCAGUAGUUACAGCGGGAAGACAACAAAAUCUGAGUUCCAUUACAUGCAACACAGACGCGGCGUGUGACAAUGAAAGGAAAAGAGCGGGAUUAGCGUGGACUUUCUUGGGCUCUUCCCCUUCGAUAACAAUGGAAGGGACCCUCGUUCGGGACUAUUUCGACUCACCAUUAAUAGUGGAGGCUUUGGCGGUUCGAGCGGCUCCUUCGAAGGCAGUAGAACUCGAGAUCUCCGAUCUUCGACUCUACACCGACUGCACAACGCUCCUUGGAGCAAUCACCGGCAAAUCGCAGAGAAAGGAUAUUAUUGGAAUCGUCUCUGACAUCCGAUCAAUCUCUACUGCUUUCGCCUCUAUCUUCUUUUUUCAUGUUUCGAGAUCACAAACUCUGUUUGUGAUCGUCUAG